CCCAACUACUCAGGCACCACUCACCACCCAUCAUCCUCCCACUCUUCUCCGCCGCGCGCUGUGCGAUGAAAUCACAUCAAUGACUGGCCACCCCCUACACCACCAACCCACACCAUGGCGACCCGGAGAAAGAAAUCCGACGAUGGCCUUCGCGCCCCUGGUAUCCCGACCCGGGGAGAAGAACGGUCGACCGAGCUCCAGCAGCAACAGCAGCUCCAGCAGCAGCAACAGCAGCAACAGCAGCAAUCGGCUGCCGGAUACGCCAUGAACACCGCCAACUACCACGAGGACUUGCUCCAUGACCUGUUCCAGGUCGUGCGCGCCACCGACUCGGACCAUGUUGAGACCCUGGUGGCCAUGAUUCGCAGCCACGCCUCCCUCGAGGAGGUGCGCCUCUACCUCGACCAAACCCUGGCAGGCACCCGGGUCGUCGUGCACGACCAGCAGGCGCGACGGAAUCUGGAGGGACUGCGACAGGGAAUUGAAGUCAUCAGUGAACCGCCUCGAUUUCGCCCGCAGAUUAUGGACAUUCGUUACCUGUGUGGGAGCGCCCCCAUCCGCGUGCCCGCCAAACCCUGGACCUCCGUCACGGACGAUGAUGACCUGGUGUCGCAUCUCGUCUCCCUUUAUCUGGUUUGGGACUACCCCUUCUACGCCUUCUUCGACCGCCGCAGCUUUGUCAGGGACAUGGCCCGGGGGAAUAUCGAGUCCGACUUUUGCAGCCCCCUCCUGGUAAACGCGUUGCUGGCCAACGCUUGCUACUUUUCCCAGUAUACCGAAGCCUAUAGCGUGCCGGGAGAUGUCCGGACCAAGGGCGCCGACUUUUUGGCCGAGGCGGAGAGACAUAUGCAGUCCCACCAGUUCGAAAAGGGGGGGGACACUCGUCUGGCGUCCCUGCAGGCCACUCUGUUGCUAUAUGAGAGAUAUUCUCUGUCCGGCACCGACGACUGGGGGUACACCAUGUUACAUCGGGCGACCGACAUGGCCCAGUCGAUGGGCAUCGUGAACAGCUCCGCAUUGCAUCUCCGCCCAUCCCAGAUGUCCGAAGCCAUGAUCGUCUCCAUCAAGCGGACCGCAUGGGGCUUGUUCCAAGCCGAUACGGUGGUCCAUACCAACUUCCUCCGCCCGAGUCGUGUGCGGGGGGUGAGCGUCAGCCGCAUCACGGCGAAGGAGACGGGCGCAGACGACCUGUGGGCCCCGUAUCCCAUUGACAAUACCACGUGCCCGUCGUACAUGGCCCUCUAUUUCGAUGAGGCAUGCGAACUGUCCUUCAUCGCCCGGGACAUCUCCUAUAACCUGUCGCGGAGGGAGGCAUCCGGAGUGCGUCCGGACGAGCGCAAGCAGGAGCUCUACAACCGGCUGCGUGAUUGGGAAACAAAUCUCUCGGAUCCGUUAGAACUGGCGAGCCACUCUCCCCCUCACAUCGCCCUCCUCAGGAUGCGCUACCACACCCUGGUUAUUAAUCUGUGCUGUGACCGGCUCGGGGCCCGUAGACCCCGGAGCGAGUCUGACGAGCGGCCCCCGACCCAAGAUGGGUUUCGUGCGGCGGAUAUCGCGAUGUCCUCGGCGCGAGCCAUCGCGAGCCUGACACAGAUCAUGCGCGCGGAGUGGGGGAUGGAGCACGCCCAUCCAUUCGCCAUGUAUGCCAUCAAUCUCGCCUUGUUCACGCUCCUCGACCAGGACACGUUCGACAUUCUCGAUCGGGACUUCCUGAGCUUGACCAGUGCCAUGUCCAUCGUUGCCUGUCGCUCGCAACUCGGACGGAGCGUCUUUCACGUCUUCAAACUAUCGGUACGGUCGCGGAAUCAGGGCGACCGGGUGCAGUCGUCGGAUGAGGUGCCUCCGGGCAUCAAGGAACUCUUUCAAGUCCGGCAGGCCCAGGCCCCAGACCGCUGGGAUUACUAUGUGGAGGGCAUCGCCGACGUCGAUAAAGACGCCACUCAUGUCAAUACAUUGUCUGAUGGCCUCCAAUCGUCUGCCACCACCGGCCUACAGGACAUGCUGCAGCGAUACGAGCGGCUCAGCGUUGGCAAGGGAGACUACACCUGGCGCCGUCGGCGGCCAAAGGAGACGACAUCCCUUUAGAUCAGCGCUGGUGGAUUCGAUUGCAUUAUUAGAAAGCCGGCCGCAGAUAGACGACAUCUUCAUUAUGUACGAGCGUACGACUGUAUAUACUUUGCGUACAAUAAACGACAUCAUUUCAACGUCCUACU